AUGCCCAGGAUAUUAGACCUGCCGGAUCCCAACCUACCCUUCUCCAUAAUAUACAAUUACUUUUUCGAACGCUACAAUAAAGAAUUGAAAGCAGAGCUGACAGUCCUCACCGAGGCCGACAAGAAGAGGGAGGUCGAGAUACAAACCCUGAGGGAGAAGGUUGAGGAAACCCUACCUGCGCAGCUGCAGCAACUGGUCGAAAGUAGUGUGAAGUCUGCCGAAAAGCUCAGAGUCGACAUAGACAUGUUCAAAGAGGAGACCAGGGCGUUGUUGGUAACCCAGGCUCAGGAGUUCAGCCGUACCUUCAAAGAAUCCGACGAGAAGCACAAGGUUGAGAAGCAAAAUCUCAUAGAUGAGCUGCAAGCUAUGAAGAGGAAGUGCGACGAAAUGUCUCAGCGUGUCGAAGCUCUCGAGAAGGCAAUGCAGGACAUGGAGUCCGUAGGCGCCAAUGCUCGAGCCCGCAAAAGAUCACGGCCCACACUCACCGCACAAAAGUCGAUGCAUACACCCGGCGACGAAGCUGAACUCUCCACCACCAACAAUGUCCCGAUUGCACAAGCCGACAAAGAAGCUCCACAGCCGAAAGCACACCAACAGGCAGCCGAACCCGAGACACCAGCACCAUAUAUGGACUCCUCAAUCACAAUGAUCGCCGCAACGCCAACUGCCUCUGUUUCCGCCCCCGACAUCCCCCGUUUCCACAAUGGCCACAUACGCCAAGGUUCCCUCAGUCUUGAUGAUUACGCAGCCAUAUUUGCGCGCCACUUGGCCUCCAUCCGCAAUGCAGACCAGAGCGAUGGCGAGGUCGGGCCGGCUCAGCGGGAAGCCGUCGGAAAGUUCGUACUUGGAGUGAAGAAGGCCAGCGACAGAAUACGAUUGGUCCAGGACCUGGAGAAGAAGGGACUCGCGACGACUGACCAGCAAACGAGAAGUGUUGAGCUUUUCUGUGGGUGGCAGGCUGUGAAGGAGGUUCUGGAGGGGUGGUAG